AUGAAGAGAAUAGGUGGAAAGAAGAAUGAGAAAGCAGUUGGUGAUAUUACUGCUUCAUGGUCUGAUGUGAAAAAAAGUGAUGCGAUCCAAAAAGAUGGGCCACAUGGAGAUGUCUACUUAUGUAUGUUCAAACAGACAAAAACGGUUGUUAAAGUUCUAGGAAAAACAAACCAAGAGCAGUUCAAAAUAGAUGCAGAGAAGGUUAAAAAUAUAAUGCACCCCAAUGUUAUUUUGAUAUUAGGGUAUUGUGUAGAGAAGAGUGUGAAUGCUAUUAUAUAUGAACCCAUGAAGUGUAAUAUGUAUCAAGCGAUAUAUGAAAAGACGAAAUGCCCAAAGAGUCUUCAAGACUUGAAUAUGCUUCAAAAAAUGAAGAUCCUACGAGACGUUGCUGUUGGAUUGACAUUCAUUCAUGAUAUCAAAGAUAUGUUCCACGGCGACUUAAAGCCACAAAACAUUUUAUUUGAUGAAAAUGGGAAUGUGAAGGUUUCAGACGUUUACUUUACUGCUUUUAGAACACCGACCAAAGCAAAGAAAGGCAACUAUUUCGUUUGUGGAGACUCAGGAAAUUUAUAUCAAUCACCGGACGUAUGGACCGGGUCGCAACCGUGCAAAGCGUCUGACGUGUUUUCAUUUGGACUUAUAGUGAUUGAAUUUUUGGAUGGGAAAGCGAGCUAUUAUGGAAAUACCAAUACACAGAACGACGAGGCGGUGUUUAGUUAUUUGAAUAGUAAAAGUAAAAUUAUAGUACCAAGUCAAUUCAACAAAUCUCUAACAACGAUGAUAGAAGGCUGUUUAAAGUACGAAACUAAAGACAGAAUUCCAAUGGGAAAGGUUUUGGCUAGUUUCGACGAUAUCAUUGUAGACUCAACUAUGACUUCAACAGUCGCUAAGAAGUUUUGGAAGGAAUGCUUUGUCGACGGAGAAGUCCCACUCUUCCAAGUGGCUUAUGAAGACUUCUUCGCGUCUUUGGGCGCCGUGACGGACGACCUCACAGACGACCAAUAUAACGAAGUAAUGGAAGACUUCGCCAAAUUUUUCCCGGAGACCGGAGUGAUCACUGCGCCGGACUUUGACGUCACAGUUAAUUGGUUUGGUAACUAUUUCGACGACAAAGAAAUAUUCACAGAAGUCUCCAAAAUAGCUACUGCAAAGUUCUUUGCGGGUCUGAUAGACAAAAAAAGAGCAGAAGGAAUGUUAACUGGGAAAGUCGACGGAACGUAUUUGGUCAGAGCAUCAACAACAGACCCUAAAAAGUAUCCAUUCACUAUUACACGUAACGCAAAUGGAAGUGUCAAACACCACAGAAUAGAACGACUUGCUUAUGGCGCACAAGUCGAAAAAAAGUUCACAUCAACUAUCGAUAAAAAGACUUUCACGGCUAAAAACUUGUUCGAGUUGCUCAACAAAAUGAAGGAAUUUAAUAUUAUCACAACAGAAGAUGAUGGCAAAGAGGUAUCUGCUUAUGGUGAUAUGUAG